CUCCCCGGCAGCGCCGCGGCUGCUACACCGGGUAGGUUUCCAGUCACUAUGGCGGCCGCUGCGCUGAAGGUCGGAGGAAAGUUUUCGCGGCCGGCGGCUGCCUGAGAGGCAGAGCUACCGAGCGGGAGGCGUCCGGGCCCGGCCGCCAGGCCUCUCCCGCCGCCGCCGGGCCAGCGGAGCCGCGCUCGGCGGGCGGAGAGCGCGGGGGGCUGAGGAGCGGGCCCUCCUCAUGCGCAGGCACCUGCGGAGGGGCUGAGCGGAGCGGAGGACGCCGCCUCUCCCGGCUCGCCGCUCCCCGCGCCGGGGGCUUGUGGCGGAGACUUCCUGGAGCAGCCCCCUGCUCGCCUCUCUCCUCCGCCGGUCCCCGCGCCCCCGCCCGCCGGCCCGCCGCCAGCAGACCCGCCGCGGAGGGACGCUUGCCCGCUGCUGCCAGCCAGAGCCAUCGCGGGCACCGCCUGGUGCACCUCGUAGGCCGUCCCCGAAGGACCCUUCCCACGCGUUAGUUUGUCCCCGAGAGAAGGAGAGUUUGAAGCCCUCUCCAUGCCUUAUCAAGUUCCUUGUCUGAGUGGCUGCCUGAAACUGUAGACCGGUUCAGCUUUAUCUGGUGUAGGGGAGGAAAACAGGAUAGCUUUCAUACCCCAUCCUAAAUCGAGGACCACCUAUUCUGCUUUGGUUUAAUAUACGAAGAUGGUGAAAUGCGGAUUGUCCUGUGAAGCGACUAGAUCUCUGUUGUGGAUUGCUGUGGAGGUUUGGGUCAAAAAUUGUGGAGGACAGUCUACGUCAGAAGAGGAUCUCUUCAUCUCUGGUCGGUGUGGCAACCCCAAUCUGUCCUCGAUGCCUUCAGCCUUGGCCAUCUUCACUUGCCGCCCGAACUCUCAUCCAUUUCAGGAGCGUCAUGUCUACCUGGACGAGCCUGUCAAGAUCGGCCGCUCAGUGGCUCGCUGCCGGCCAGCUCAGAAUAACGCAACUUUUGACUGUAAGGUGCUGUCCAGGAACCAUGCUCUUGUCUGGUUUGAUCACAAGACAGGCAAGUUCUAUCUUCAAGACACUAAAAGUAGUAAUGGUACCUUUAUUAAUAGUCAGAGACUGAGUAGAGGAUCCGAGGAAAGCCCACCAUGUGAAAUUAUGUCAGGUGACAUCAUCCAGUUUGGUGUAGAUGUGACGGAGAACACGCGGAAAGUUACCCAUGGAUGUAUAGUCUCCACAAUCAAACUGUUUCUUCCAGAUGGAAUGGAAGCUCGAUUGCGAUCAGAUGUUAUCCAUGCUCCAUUACCAAGUCCUGUUGACAAGGUUGCUGCUAACACUCCCAGUAUGUAUUCUCAGGAAUUGUUUCAGCUUUCACAGUAUCUACAGGAAGCCUUACAUCGGGAACAAAUGUUGGAACAGAAGCUGGCAACCCUUCAGCGACUACUUGCUGUCACGCAAGAGGCUUCAGAUACUAGUUGGCAGGCUUUAAUAGAUGAAGACAGGCUGCUAUCAAGAUUAGAGGUUAUGGGAAAUCAGUUACAGGCAUGUUCAAAGAAUCAAACAGAAGACAGUAUACGAAAAGAGCUUAUAGCAUUACAAGAAGACAAACACAACUAUGAGACAACAGCCAAAGAGUCCUUGAGGCGGGUCCUUCAGGAGAAAAUUGAAGUGGUCAGAAAACUGUCUGAAGUGGAGCGGAGUUUAAGUAAUACAGAAGAUGAAUGUACUCACCUGAAAGAAAUGAAUGAGAGGACUCAGGAAGAAUUAAGAGAAUUAGCUAAUAAGUAUAAUGGAGCUGUAAAUGAAAUUAAAGAUCUUUCUGACAAGCUAAAGGUAGCAGAAGGAAGACAAGAAGAAAUCCAACAGAAAGGACUGGCUGAGAAAAAGGAAUUGCAGCAUAAAAUAGAUGAAAUGGAAGAGAGAGAGCAAGAGCUUCAAGCAAAAAUAGAGGCUUUGCAGGCUGAUAAUGACUUCACCAAUGAGCGGCUAACUGCUUUACAAGUACGGUUAGAACAUCUUCAAGAGAAAACUCUUAAAGAACACAACAGCUUAGGCAUACAAGUUGACGACUUCAUACCUAAAAUUAAUGGGAGCACAGAGAAAGAGCACUUUCUUUCAAAGAGUGGAGGGGACUGCACUUUUAUUCAUCAGUUCAUAGAAUGUCAGAACAAGAUCAUAGAUGAAGGACAUCUAACCAAAGUGGAAGAAACAAAGCUUUUGAAAGAGAAUCAAGCAAGAGUCAAAGAAUCUGAUUUGUCAGACACUCUUAGUCCAAGCAAGGAAAAAAGCAGCGACGACACUACAGAUGCCCAAAUGGAUGACCAAGAUCUAAAUGAACCUAUUGCUAAAGUAGCUCUUCUAAAAGAUGAAUUGCAGGGUGCGCAGUCAGAGACUGAGGCUAAGCAAGAAAUUCAGCAACUGCACAAGGAGCUGAUUGAAGCCCAAGAGCUAGCUAGGACAAGUAAACAAAAAUGCUUUGAACUUCAAGCGCUAUUGGAAGAAGAGAGAAAAGCGUAUCGAGUGCAAGUUGAAGAAUCUAACAAGCAAAUAAAUGUUCUGCAAGCUCAGUUGCGAAGGUUACAAGAAGAGAUUGAGAAUCUUCGUGAGGAAAAGGAGAAUGAAGUUUCAAGCACUCGAAAUGAACUAGUCAGUGCUCAAAAUGAGAUUCUGUCACUUCAACAAGUAGCAGAAAAGGCAGCAUCAGAACGAGAUACAGGUAUUUCUGCAUUGCAAGACGAGCUGCAAACAGUGCGAGCGGAACUUGAACGGUGGCGGAAAGAUGCCUCAGAUUAUGAAAAAGAAAUUGUCAGUCUGCAAGCCAGUUUUCAGCUCAGAUGCCAGCAGUGUGAGGAUCAGCAGAAGGAAGAGGCUACUCGCUUAAAAGGUGAACUUGAAAAGUUGAAGGCAGAGUGGAGUGCUCUGGAAGCUGAAUGUGUUACACUAAGGAAGGAAAAUACUUUGCUUACAUCUGAACUUCAACGACAAGAGAAGGAGCUUUCUAGCUCUCAGAAACAGAGUUUAGCGCUAACCAGCGAUAUAAGUGUUCUUGAAAUGUCUCGAAAGGAACUUGAAAAUCAGAUGGGAUCUUUGAGAGAAAAACAUCAACGGGAUGCAGCUAGUCUAAAAAGCCAACUCAGUGAAGCUGAGAGUCAAGCAAAAGAUGUUCAGAAAGAGUAUGAAAGAACACAGACUGUGCUCUCAGAGCUGAAGGCGAAGUAUGAGGUGGCUGAACAGGAAAACCAGUCACUCACAGAAGAGCUCAAACAAUGUAAAGAAAACCUGAAGCUGCUACAAGAAAAAGGAAACAACAGACAAUGGCCUUGGAUGCCUGUGAUGGCAGCUUUGGUUGCUGUAACAGCCGUGGUGCUGUACCCAGGCCUAACCAGAGCUUCUCCAUGAGAACUGUUGUUGAAUCCAUACACCGUCCUCCCUUUAGAAGCUGGCAACAUUCAUAUACUGAGGGAAAACAGAUUAAUUCUCUUCCUUUUUACCUCUUAAUACAGCACAGCUCUGCGUGAGAACAGCAGUAGGGUCAUUUGCUUUAAACUGUAUAAAAUGUAUCUGUCUAUAAAGAGGGAAUAAAAUUGUGAUUCAUCA